AUGGCAUCGGAAUCGCAGCUCUUUUUCUUGUCCCCAAAUGGAACCUUUUUGAUUGAACACUUUCUUCCAUACUGGUUUAAUAUCUUCGUUUGGUGUGUCGUUACAAGUGUCCUGAUACACGUACUAGCUGCUCUAGUAGCAUUUAGAGCCUUAAGGUAUCAACGAAUUGGCUCCUAUACGGCGUGCAUAUUCUUGCUGGUAUCGUUAAUCUAUCCUUUAACUGGUGGUGCAAUUUUUAGUGCAUUAAUAGCUGGAAUAUUUUCUACUGGUGGAUUUGUUAUCGAAUCUUCUUAUGUUAUUUUAAUCGGUAUUGGUCUCACUAUAGCUUAUGUCAUCACGUCGUACAGUAGAGUCCUUGCCUCCCUUUGA